AUGAACGGCACCACCACCACCACCGGUCACAACCACAACCCCAACCCACCCUCCCCCUCCCCAACCAAAUCCUUCCUCAGCCCCGUCUCCAAGCAAAUCUUCCCCAAACCCCCUCGAAUCCUAAUCAUCGGCGCGGGCUCGCGCGGCACCGCCUACGCGGAAGCCGCCCUCUCCUCCACCAACAGCCUCGUCGCCGCCAUCGCCGAGCCCCUCGCCUACAAGCGCCACGACUUCGGCCGCAAAUUCAUCUGGGGCCCUUCCUCUUCCCCGUCGCCCGGCCAGGCGUUCGCGAGCUGGCGGGACUGGGUCGCGUACGAGGUGUCGCGGCGGGAGAGGGCGAAGGCGGGGGUAGAGGAGGGCGUAGAGGAGGGCGUGGACGCGGUGUUCGUGUGCGUGCUGGAUGAGAUGCAUGAGGAGGUUGUGUGUGGGAUUGCGGGGCUGGGGGUGCAUGUCUGCGUAGAGAAGCCGUUGGCGACGAGUCUGCGGGCUUGCGUGGCGAUGUUUAAGGCUUUGAAGGGGGAGGGGGAAGGGCGGGGUGGUGGGAGGAGGGAGACGAUUUUUGGGAUGUGCCAUGUGCUGAGGUAUUCGCCGCAUAAUAUGCUGUUGAGGCACUUGGUCAGGGAGCAGGAGGUCGUGGGUGAUGUGCUGAGUGUGGAGCAUGUUGAGCCGGUUGGGUGGUGGCAUUUCUCUCACAGUUAUGUCAGAGGCAAUUGGAGGAAAGAGUCGACUACAGCUCCUUCGUUGCUGACGAAGUCAUGUCAUGAUAUCGACUGGCUCCUGUGGAUGCUAUGUUCCCCGGCGAACGAUGCUGAUACGGAACCGCAUCUCCCAUCACAUAUUACAUCUACUGGAUCGAGGAAGUUUUUCAGGAAAGAGAGGAAGCCUAAGGCGGCAGGGGAUGCUACGAAUUGUCUUUCCUGUGCACAUGAACAGGAUUGCAAGUAUAGUGCGAAGAAGAUCUACUUGGACAAACAUCUCAAGGAAGGUAUCACGGACUGGCCGGUCAAGAUUGUCAAUCCAGAGAUUGAGGACUGUUACAACACCCAGGGCCUCGAAGCAGCCAGCAACAAAUUACUCGAUAACCUGCGUGAGGACUGGCCAGCAGACAUGCCUACCGAAGAAGUUGAAAAGCGCCCUUGGUUUGGACGUUGCGUCUGGGAAGCAGACAACGAUGUUUGUGACGAUCAGUGCGUGACCAUCACGUGGGAUGACGACCCUCUGGCCAGCGACGACGAUGGCAAACCGAUACUGAGACAUCGCGGUGCCAAGACGGCGCAGUUCCAUAUGAUAGCAUUCACGGAGAAACAAUGCGAGCGAAGGGGCCGAAUCUACGGCGCGGACGGCGAGAUCGAAUAUGAUAGCAAGACGAUCAGAGUCCACGACUUCUCCACGGGGAGAACGCAAGUUCACAAGCCAUAUCAGGCUGGGGGCGGACAUGGGGGCGGAGACGAGGGCCUCGCCCGACAGUUCCUCAUGGCGGUAAACGCCGCGGACAGUCAGGAGAUGCCUACAGCAAGAGCGCAGCGCAAAUACCUCGGUUGCGACCUUGAGGAAGCAUUCCUAAGCCAUGCCAUGGUCUUCGCAGCAGAGGACGCAAGGACGCGGCGCAAAGUGAUCGACUGGAGGCAGUGGUGGAACGAUGCGGUGGAGCCGAACUUACACCAGCGGUAA